UGCUGGUUACGCUGGUUACCUUACCUUGCUCGAAGCUUACGUCGACUGCUUAUUACGAAUAGCGCGAUUUGGAAAGUGUUCUAUCUGUACAUUUCGCGUGAUCGUAGUACUGCCUGUCACUUUGCGUCUCACCGCAGAGGUUCCAGCGAAAUGCCCCGUUCCUGCGACGUCUUGGGAUGUCCUAACGGUGCAGGCAACUCAUCCGUGUCCUAUCACGUAGUGCCGCGAGAGGAACCUCGACGUUCCGAAUGGCUCGCUGCCGUACCCAUGCGACAUCGUGAGGGACGAGCACCGCCCAAGUUAAUGGUGUGCUCGGAGCACUUCUCUCCCUGCGAUUACGUGUACAAUCCCAGUCUGAGACAGUCGCUGGGCUUCCACCAAAGACCGGCGCUUUCGCGCUCGGCUGUACCUUCGGUCGCGCCUCUGACGCGCCAAGAGCUUGCCUUGUUACGACAGGAGACCGGAAGCCUUGACGGGGCACGUGACGCCGGCGCAAGCAUCCUUGGAAUUGACAACAGUAACACGCAUAUAGAAGAAAAUGCAGACGUACUGCCCUUGGUUGUCAGCCUUGUCGAGGGCGAGCCUUCGCCAUCAUGGUACCAAGCUGAUGAACUCAUCCUGGCAGACAGAUGCGUUCCUACUAGUGAAGCGACGCCUGCACACUUGAGGGAACACACGAGGCCUUCCCCGCUUGAUAACUCCAACGAGAGUAUCAGUAGCACCACAUCCGCAUCACCUGAACACAUGGAGCUUAGCCCACUGGACAUGUUGAUGGAUGUCACCCUUAUUGAAGGCCAGCCAUUGUCAUCGCAAUUGAAAACCAAAGCAGAUGACUGUUUUCUAUCAGCUGGAAGGACAUCGGCCCUUGCUGCCAACACCAUGGAAAACGAUGUGCAAGCACUCUUUCCACCAAAUCACUGGAGAAGAACAAAAAAGACAAGCCACCAAGGCAUUGGACACAACAAAAUGGUGCAGGUUUCCAUGCGCGGCAAGAGCAUUGGAACACAGGUGAACAUGACAGUGAAGGAGGUUAUGAGCGAGGCUGUGCACACUGAUAUUGGAGAUGCACGAUUGUUGAUAUCUACAUCAACUCAAACAUAGCAGUGUACCACUGAAGAGGAGGGGACCAACAGUGUCAACGUGACACCCUAACAACGUGAAGUCAGGCACAUACACCUAAGGUGUGACACAGGCCAGACGAUCCAGACUGCUCUGCAGAUGCCACCACUGGACGGCAGGCUCACACAUGGAUUGCAGCUUGAAUGGGAAUUGCCAGCAGACACAACCACAAGGUCUCGAGUCAGCUUCCUGUCAAAAGAAAGCUGAAGCACAGUAUCAACUGCAGCCACUACGUUUUUAACAUGAAGUGUUGCUAGCUCCAUCACAGUGGCAACUCUUUUGGGCCAUCACUACAACUUUUAGACCAUCAGGGAGCCUACCUUCUUCCUAUUGCAAGUAUGACAAGGUUAGCACUUUUCCUGUUAGAUUUUUGCACACUGCGAAAACCAAAUGUGCUAAAAGUCUAGAAUUUUAUAUGUGGACCAGACUGCAAUUAUAUAAGGGGAAUAAUCCCCACAGAGUUAAACUAUGUGAGCUCUAUUGGUAAUUAUUAUGCUGGAAUCACUCAUAACCCAACCCGGAGACUAAGAACAAAACAGUUGGUCUUCCUUAACAACGCAUUUCGCACAAUUCCUUUGACACUGUGCCCCGCCACUGAAAUGGCUUUUUGCUACAUGUUACAGUUUAAUGAGACUGACUCCGCAAUGCCCCAUUGUUUUUCAGAACUGCUGUCCAGACACUGGAAUUUUCAUCAGGUCUCCCAGUUGGUGCAAAAGUGAUAGUAUCUGCGACAACACCGCAUGGGCUGCACAAAGUGGAGGGUGGAAGACAUUUGGACAUUUAAACGAGGAACAGCGUACCAGAAUUGGCAAUAAUCAGUAGAACAUUGUAUCAUCUUGGGAUGGAUGAAAACCUCAAGCUCAAGAAAGGAGCGUCUGUGUUUGUGACCACUGCAAGGACGAAGACAUUUAUUGAGAAAAAGAAAAGCUGGUGCGAGGAUGGGAAAAGAAUAAAGCGACAUGGCUGUUGUUGUUC